AUGUCUGGUUCCCCGCCCGCCCCGAAACCGUCGGCGAUCCCCUCCCAUAUGCUGAACGGCAGCUCUCCGUUACAUGCGCCCUUGGGGGCUCGCGAUGCCCGUGAGCGCGAGAGUCUCAAUUCAUCAAUUCGCUCCUCUUUUGCGCCCCGCAUUCCCGUGGAGUUCGACGCCCCCGUGACGGAAUCUGCCGGUGAUUACACCAGCGAAACCCCCGCAGUUCGCAGCCCAGUGGCCGCGCGUGGCCGGCCUACUUUGAAUGAUCCGCCCCGCGACCCCAGGGAUGAAGGCGGCCCGUUGACCCCUCCCGCGACCGUGAGCCGCCCCGCCAGUCCCUACACGUUGAACCCUCCGAUCGACUUUGACGGACUCAGUUGGCCUUGCCCCGGAACCAGACAGCGGUUAGAAUCGUCACCCGAGGAGACCGAGGAACGGGUCCAGAAGCUGGCAGGCGCCGUACGGACGAUUCUGGAAUGUGUCGGCGAGGAUCCGGAACGAGAGGGUCUUCGCGAGACCCCCGAGAGAUAUGCCAAGGCCAUGCUUUACUUCACCAAGGGCUACGAGGAGAACGUCCGGGACUUGGUGAAUGGGGCAGUCUUCCACGAGGACCACGACGAAUUGGUGAUUGUCAAGGAUAUUGACGUUUUCUCCCUCUGUGAACAUCACAUGGUGCCCUUUAGCGGAAAGAUGCAUAUCGGCUACAUCCCGGAUCGCCGAGUACUUGGUCUAUCGAAAUUGGCUCGUCUGGCCGAGAUGUUCUCCCGCAGACUCCAGGUUCAGGAGCGUCUGACCAAGCAGGUUGCCCUGGCGAUCUCCGAGGUCCUCAAGCCUCGCGGUGUUGGUGUUGUCAUGGAGUCCGCGCAUCUGUGCAUGGUUAUGCGAGGUGUGCAGAAGGUCAGCAGUACCACGACCACCAGCUGUAUGCUGGGAUGCAUGCGCUCGAGUGCCAAAACCCGGGAAGAGUUCUUGACCCUUUUGAACCGGAGAUGA